AUGUGUCAUUUCGAAAACAGGAUUACCAAGUGCGAGUUGUGCCGCCACGAGAUUGAUGCAGAAAGUCCAAAGAUAAAUUGCAACGAUGUCCUAAAUGGUCGUCCAUGCAAGGGAGUGAAGAAGGAGCGGGUCACAGAUAUCAAAUAUGUUGACAGGGAGAAUUGUUCGAAAUGCCCACCGCCUGAGGCAGAUCAGCCUGCAGCAUAA